CGGGCGGCCUGAGCCGCCAGGCCCUCCUUCCUCCCCGGGGACCUCUGUCGGGCAUUUGCUUAUGCUGAUAUAUGUUAAUAGCUGCGGGGUUAUGCAAAUAGGGCGCGCGGCGGCGUGGGGUGCGCGCUUUCUCUGGCGCCUCUGCCCACGUGGGAAGCCGCUGUCGAGGGGGCGCUUCUGGGCGGCCCGGCCCACCCGGGACUCACUCGCCUGAGAAGGGCGCCCGGCCGCCGCGCCCCGGCCUCCCUCUGCGGAAGUCAGCCGGUGGGGGCGGGGCGGGCUGGCGGCGCCACGGUCCGAGCCCUGCCGCUGCCUCUGCAGCCCUGGCUCAGCCCCGGGGGAGGUCCUCCUGGCUCCCUGCUCGCGGGGCCCUCUUGGGGGCGGUGGCCCAGCCAGCAGGACGCUCGUGCUCGAGCCCUUCUUCAGUUGCAAGUCGAAGGACUUGCAAUUUAAAAGAAACCCAAGAAAAUGGCAGUGAACGUGUAUUCCACUUCAGUGACAAGCGAUAAUUUGAGUCGACAUGACAUGCUCGCCUGGAUUAACGAGUCCCUACAGUUGAACCUAACAAAGAUAGAGCAGCUUUGUUCAGGUGCUGCUUAUUGUCAGUUUAUGGACAUGCUCUUCCCUGGUUCCGUAGCACUCAAGAAAGUGAAAUUUCUGGCAAAGUUGGAGCACGAAUACAUCCAAAACUUCAAGAUCCUACAAGCAGGUUUUAAGCGAAUGGGCGUUGACAAAAUAAUCGCUGUAGACAGACUAGUGAAAGGAAAAUUCCAGGACAACUUUGAAUUUGUUCAGUGGUUCAAAAAAUUCUUUGAUGCAAACUAUGAUGGGAAGGACUAUGACCCUGUGGCCGCUCGGCAAGGCCAGGAGACAACUGUAGCACCCGCCCUUGUUGCGCCCGUUCUGAACAAACCGAAGAAGACUCUUGGUUCAGGUGGCACAGAUAACAGUUAUGUGAGAGCUUCAGAACUGAAGGCUGGAAGAGCAAACUCUACUGCUUCCUUAAAGAAAACUGCUAUGAUUGCUCCAACAAGACCGAUGGUUGCACAGAGAACAGUGGUGGCUAAUAAAACUGGACCAGGGAUGGUUAAAAAAGCUCCAGGAGGAAUUGGGGAGGAUGAAUCUGCUGAAUUGAUCCAACAGAUAAACGUACUAAAGCUGACUGUUGAGGAUUUGGAGAAAGAAAGGGACUUCUACUUUGGAAAGCUGAGGAACAUAGAGCUGAUUUGUCAGGAGAAUGAAGGCGAGAGUGAUCCAGUUCUGCAGAGGAUUGUGGAAAUUCUUUAUGCUACAGAUGAAGGCUUCGUGAUACCAGACGAAGGAGCACCACAAGAGGAGCAAGAAGAGUAUUAAUGGUCCACCUCCAGUACCAGCAGAGCAGCAGCAGAAUUCAGAAAUCAGAAUUCUUUGCCCCAAUCAUGUGCUUAUCUGUAAAAUACUCCAUUUUAUUCUUAGAGGACUCACUGGUUUCUUUUCAUAAGUAAAAAGUACCUCUUCAAGUGCACUUUGCGUAAGUUUUACUACUUCCCCCGCUCCAAUGGGUUUUGAGAGAUUUUUCUUCUCAUUUUUGUAGCAGAGCAGUAUUAACAUCUAGUUGGUAUAAUUUGCAAGCCAGAGGCUAAUAUUUGGAGUUUGCAGAGUUGCUUGGUUGCUGGGAAGGCUCUGAUUUGUGGAGAGUUUGCUGUACGGUGUUUCUCUCUUUUUUUUUUUUUUUUGGUGGGGGAGGGGUUGAGGGAGGGAGAGUAUGUAGUGGAGCAAUUUCAGGACUGACUUCUUGCAGGACGGCUGAGCAGAGAGGAAAUUGUUUUCUGCAGUUGAGAUGCCUUAAGGGGGCUUAAAAUGUGCUUCCAGAUGCCAAAUUAGAAAGAAAGGUGACAGGGGUUGUUGUGCUCUGUAGUGGGAUUAGAGUAUCUGGCUUUCUUGGUUUGGAAGAGGUUGCUUGGCCAGGCGCAGAAAGGGUCUAUUGACACAGCCCUCUUGCUACCUAAAGCUGUCCCUACCCAGUCAUUGACUUUGAAAGGAGGAGGCCUUAAUGUAUCCUGUUACAAGACUGGAGUGGGGGGCAUGGCUGGCUUACCUGAAGGCCUCUCAGUUUGCUUUUCCUGGCUGCCUAUAGAGAACGGCUGUGUGGAGCAGACAUGUUGCAUCUUCCCAAACAAAAAGGCAAUCGCUUUGAAACUCUUCACCUAAUUCACUGCCUGCAUCUAGCUCCCUUCCCUGCCCUCCUGCUUUCCUUCUCUGGUCCAUUGAAUUCUGUGGGUCCUUCAGUUCCUCUGUGCCCCUCCUCCUUUUUCCAAAUCGGCUGACUAAUCUCAUAGCUUGUUUGCAGUGCUGCACUGAGGCCAGUCUUGAUCUCCUGGCUGUGUGCCGGUUACGUGUAUCCUUGUUGAGUUGGCCUUCCCCAUUUAGUCUUUGCCAGUGCUCCAAACUGCUGGUCAAAAAUGAAUUGAUGUGCAUUUAAACAGGAAAGCUAAUGUGGCAGAAGAUACAGUGCUCAGAUGACUCUUGAAUAUUCCAGUAUUUCGUGCUUGACCCUGGCCCUCUUGUGUGUGAGCAACUCCCUUGCCCCACACCUCGCUCCAAUUGCUGCUCUUUGGGAGGGCCUGUUUGAAACGUUUGUCCCAGCCACAGCUAAGGCAGAGUCUCUGAGCUUGGCAGGCUGUUGUUGAUUUACUUCCAAUGGUUGUGUCCUAAGUUUGUUUGUGUGUGUGCGUGUGUGUGUGUGUAUAGAAAGCAAAGCAUUUUAUGGUAACUGUUGUGUAGUGCAUGAAUCCCUAUGAAAAUUCAGAGGAAGACCCAAAUUCAAUAAAUGCCAAAAAAUGCAAGCCAUUAUUUAAGACAUCAGAGGUGCUAUUUCUCUUGUGGCCUUCUAGAUACUUGUUGCCCUAAACCAUAUUCCACCCAGACUCCUCUUGACAGGGUUUUUUCUACUUUGAAACAGUUUCUAAAUAAAGUUCUGUUAUUUCAAGAA